AUGUUUUCAAAAUUCAAGGAUAUUGCACAAUAUUUGUGCUUGGCGCUAUUGCUGUGCACGUUCGCCACCGCUAAUGCCCAAUACCAGCACUAUGUCGACACAUUGGGCGCCAAUGUGUUCUUUGAACACCCGGAGGGCUCCCAGUCGCCCAUUCAUUAUCUGAAUGAAGGUGAUAGCGAAUUUGUGGCAUUGGAUUUGGAUAGGCCCAUGAGUUUCUAUAGUGAAAAAUACGAUAAAUUAUUUAUCAACACAAAUGGUAUUCUGACAUUCAACAUCGAGUUCCCAGAAUACAUCAAUCAACCAUUCCCACUGGAGUAUCCAUCGAUUGCGCCAUUCUAUGCCAAUGUCGAUACAACCCUUGCCUAUAACAUAACCUCAAUAUCAGUUUUUGAAUCAAGCGAUGAACAACAACUGCAAAGAGCGACGGAUUUAGUGAAAUAUGCUUACCCAGAUAAAUCAGAUUUUGUUGCAGACAAACUGAUUGUGGCCACCUGGAAGAAUGUGGGACACUUCAGUGCUAAGAAUGAUAAGCUCAAUACAUUUCAGGCUGUUCUAAUUGCCAAUGAAGAGCAAACUUUUGUGCAAUUCAUUUACGAACACGACGGUAUCCAAUGGUUACAAGGCGAGACCGGUGCUUUGGGUUUGCCAGAUAUACGCGCACAGGCGGGUUUUGUCGCUGAAGAUGGACGUCAUUAUUACAUUGAGGGCUCCGGCACGGAUAGUGCCCGCUUCACUUUCUCAGAAAACUCGAAUAUUGGUGUGCCCGGCGUUUGGUUAUUCCAUGUGGGCGCUUUGAAUGAAACCGCCAACGUGGAAGUGCCCAUCGAUCAGGAAGACCUCAAUGUUGUGCCGCAAGCCGCCACUUGCGCUGAGAGCGGACACAAAACUUGCAACUUCAAUGCGGAUUGCCAUGAUAAGUCAGAUGGUUUCUGCUGUGUGUGUCACGAGGGGUUUUAUGGCAACGGCAAAGCUUGUCUCAAAAACGAUUACCCCAUACGCGUUACUGGCACCUUGGCUGGUCAAAUCAAUGGACAAGUUAUCGACGAACGCGCCAAACUGCAAUCGUACGUCGUCACAGCUGACGCACGCAGUUAUACAGCUGUGAAUCCCGUCAGUGCGGAGUUGGGCGCUCAGCUGCGCCUUAUUGUGCCCGUCUUCAGCGCCAUUGGUUGGCUCUUCGCCAAGCCGUUGAAAGGCGCUCUGAAUGGUUAUCACUUGACUGGUGGUGAUUUCGUGCAUUCAUCGCGUAUACGCUUUGAUACGGGUGAGUCGUUGCUUGUGAAUCAGACUUUUGAAGGUCUGAAUUACUGGGAUCAGCUUUCCGUGAAGCUUGAGCUCUUCGGCGAUGUGCCAUUCGUGAAUGGUAAUGCCAAAUUACAUAUGGCCGAUUAUGUGGAUGAGUACACGUACGUGUCCGCCAAUGAGGUGCAUUCCGUUCAUACGCACACAAUUGAAAUUCCCGAAGAAAGUCGUGUUAUUAACUUCCAGCUCGAACAGUCUAUUUCCUUCGAUCGUUGUGUGCUCGAUUAUGCAGAUCUGUCUACAGGCAAGAGUGUGCUACAGAAAGCAUCGAAGAUUGUUUUAGACUACUUUGAGAGAGAUCAGGCACUACGUACCAGUGUCUUGACCAAGAUUGGUGUCGAUGCUGAGUCGAAUGCUUGCACCGAUGGCACUGCCAUCUGUGGUGAGAACACCGUUUGUGUGCCGUAUGAGGAUACCUACCGUUGCGACUGUCGUCAUGGUUUUGCGCCACAAUUGCAGGCAGAUAACUUGGAGGUCUGCGUAGAUAUUGAUGAAUGUCUCUUGCAGACGCACGCCUGUGAUGAGAACGCACUCUGCACCAACAACGAUGGUGGUUUCACGUGUGUUUGCUUUGAUGGCUUCGAGGGUAACGGUUAUCGUUGUUUGAAAAAUGAUACCGCUAAUGAUGAGCAAGCGGCUUAUACGCCGGACUACAUUAUCAGUGGCAAUUACCAGGAUGAGUGUCAGCGCUGUUCACACGAUGCCGAUUGUGUGGAGGGUCGUUGUCAAUGUCGUGCGGGUUUCGAUGGCGACGGUUAUGAGUGCCAUCAUGUGUGUGGUCAUGAUCAAGUUUUGGAAAAUGGCCGCUGUGUUCCCAUUCUGUUGGAUGAGCAUCAAGUGCAACCUCAGUGUAAUUUCUUGGGCGACUGCACGUGCCCGGCUGGUUAUGAGUUGGUCGAGGAGUCCCAAGUUUGUCGUUAUACCGCGCAAUACAGCACCGAUUACAAGUCAGAUGAACUUGUACCUUGUGAUGUGGACGCCAACUGUCACAUAAAUGCCACUUGCGAGUGGUAUGAAAAUGAAAUGCGUCACGCCUGCACGUGUAAUCACGGCUUCCAAGGUGACGGCUACAACUGCGAACUAAUCGAUACAUCUUGCACUUAUAACGCCGACGUCUGCGACCCACACGCCUUCUGUGAAUACAACGAAUCACGUUGCAUAUGCGAGGAAGGCUACGAAGGCGACGGCUAUCACUGUCAGUUGGCGCCCGAUUGUCGGGAUAAUGCGACGUGCGGACAGAAUGCUUUCUGCGAUGUGGGAGUUUGUCAAUGCUUGGCUGGUUUCGAACGCGAUGUGUCGGACAUUUGCGUGCCGGCGGGACGUUGCGGUCCUGUCUUUUGUGGUGCAAAUGCAAUCUGCAAGUGGGACUCCGUACAGGGUGUACAAUAUUGUGAUUGCAUUGAGGGAUAUGCGGGUGAUGCUUUGGAGAGUUGCCGCAGCAUACCGCCGCCAUGCAAUGUGCGUAACAACUGUGGUGUGCAUGCCACAUGUGAGCCCACCGAUGAUCCUGCCAUUUAUGAGUGUCAGUGUAACGCCGGCUUCCACGGCGAUGGUUAUGUUUGCGUAGAGGAUCAAAACUGUCUCAAUACGCCGCAAAUGUGCGAUAUGAACGCCAAAUGUUUGUCCACCAAUAAUGGGCUGCUCUGCGUGUGUAAUCAAGGUUUCUAUGGUAACGGCUCGCUCUGCCUGGAACGUCAACAACACGAAUCCGGUUUCUUGCUCGUCAGUCAAGGUGUGGUCAUUGUGCGUGUGCCAUUAAAUGGCAAAAAUGUAAAACCCAUUUCGGUAGCCUCAAUGGCAAUUGGACUGGACAAGGAUUGCGUAGAGGGACGCAUUUACUGGGGUGAUAUUUCGUCGAAGAAAAUUGUGAGUGCUAAAUAUGAUGGUACGGACUCGAAGACAUACCUAGAAGAUGACAUCGAAUCGCCUGAGGGAAUCGCCAUCGACAUCGUUUCACGACGCAUCUAUUGGACUGAUUCGGUUAAGGAUACCAUUGAGGUGGCCAGUUUGGAGGAUCCGACAUUGCGCGCAGUCUUGGUUAAUAAGAAUUUGGUGAAUCCACGUGGUAUUGCCGUUGAUCCAUACAGAGAAAAACUUUAUUGGUCGGAUUGGAAUCGUGAAUCGCCUAAAAUCGAAAUGGCCGAUCUGGAUGGUACUGGGCGUGAGGUGUUAUUGGGUAGCGAUGCAGUGAAUCUACCCAAUUCGUUGGUCAUACUCGAGAGCAGUGGCGAACUGUGCUAUGCUGAUGCUGGCACCAAGAAGGUGGAGUGCAUUGACUCUUACUCGAAACAAUUGCGCACCAUUUCCAAUGAUUUGACCUAUCCCUUCGGCCUGACAUUCACACACAAUCAAUUCUACUGGACUGAUUGGACAACUAAAAAACUGGAGAGCGUCGACACCUUCGGCAAUCGCCAAAAGGGCAUUCAGACACCUUUCUUCGGCAGCCACAAAAUGUACGGCAUGACGGCCAUCGAGGAUAGUUGCCCGCAAAUAAGCAGUCCUUGCCAGAUCAGCAACGGCGGUUGCGUUGAUGCACGCAUUUGUUUAGUGAACAGCAAGGCUCCGUCGGGCAAGAGCUGUAAGUGCACAGCUCUGUCGAAGACCUGCAAUGCUCCGCCACAGUUUGGCGGACAAUUUUAA